CGUGUUGAAACGUACCGUAACGUAAUCGUCUUUAUUUCUUCCACGUGAUCAUUGAAGCAUGGAAGUAUAUAAACUGGAAAAAUACCAAGAGGAAAAAAGACACUGAACGAACAACAUGAAUUUUUCUAAUAAUUAAAUGGUAUCGUUUAUUCGACGAUUUAGUUCAUUUCUAUGAAAUGUUUAAUUAUUAUUUGUGUUACAUUAACAUGAACGAACAAUCAUGGGCAAAACGAGCAAAAAGACAUUAAUUAUUUAUGAAAUAACAAUGUAAAAAAAAGAAAUAAUGAAUAGACGCUCAUGCUCGUUAUUUAUAACUAGCAAACAGUUCGCGUAAGAACGAUGCGCUCAUAAAUAUUCAAUACUUCUAUUACACGGACGUUGGUAUAUUGCAAGAAACGAUAAUUAUUCUUAAUAAUAUGAAAAAUUCAAAUACAAGUAAACAGGAAAUGAAACCAUUCAAUCGAUCGAUCGAUCAAAAAAUCGAUUUUCUCUCGAAGAAAAUCAACCAUUUUCGUACUGUUAAUGUGAUAGAAUGAAAUAAUUAUGCAGUAUCAUACUUUUCAGAUUAAUCGAUAAGCAAUGGUUUUUAAUUGCACAUAUCACGUAGCGAAAACAAAAUUUAAAAUUAGAAAAAAAAUAUUAAGUUAACACGGAACGAUAAGACUAUUAUCUAUCAUUAACCAGAACUAGAUCGAAUAUAUACUAUGAAUGUACGUAAGAGAGUAGAAGCAAUUCAGCCGAUUAAAGUGUCCAUUAAGAUGUGCUCCGUCUUAUUUCUACUCCGAUUAUCUAACGUUAAAGUAUUAUCAACUAUAUAGUGUCGACACGCUGAAAUUUGAGUUUUAAAAAGGAUACUAUAAAAAUGACUCAUAUUUUAUUUAUUACACUAACUAUAAAAGGAAUUACCAAUUCUUGCGAAUUAAAAUUAAUUAUACUAUAUAACAUAUGUGUUAAAAUUCUGCUGCUAGAACGGAACAAUUUUUUAAAAUCUUACCCAGUCCUUUUUGUCGUUCAAAUGGCACAUGGUACCGAAAUCGUUGAAAUAAUAUAUAUCAAUAGACAGUCAGGUAUAGGUAAGCAUGAAUAAUAUUUGCAUGUACGUGUGGGAAGACUGAUUAACUUUUUUUCUUUCUUAGUCUCUCUAUCUUUCUCGUUCUAUCUUCAUGUUCCUAUCAAAAAAUCCAUCUGGUAUCUUAUCUCUCUUUUUCUCUCUCCUCUCUCUCUCUCUCUCUCUCUUUCUUUCUCUCUAUCUCUCCAUCCUGAUUUGUAUACUGAUCAAUUUUAUAAAAGCUACAGUCUGCAGAUUACUCGAAGACGAGCCUUCAAAGAGAGACGAUAGAAAGAAUUUACUCGUGAAAAAUUUCGAAACUGAUCGGUAAAAUCGAUAUCAUGACUCGUUGUGAGGCUGACAGAGGCUGGGCUUGGAUGAUAGUUCUUGGAGUCACCAUUAUUAAUCUGUCUGUACUGCCUAUUCAACAAUGUUACGGUCUUAUUUUUGGAAAGCGUUUCACGAGUCUCGGUAUCAGCGCGACGCAAACAUCCUUGAUACUUCAUUUAAACGGUACGAUAUGCUGCAGCCUGGGCUUGAUAAGUGGACCGAUGAUGAAGAAAUUCUCAUUUCGCAAAGUCGCUUUUUUUGGUAGUUUCACAGUCGUCAUUGGAAUAUGUACUACGGCGUUCGCUCUCUCUCUUCCUACCAUCAUUGUAGGCUAUUGCGUUAUUAUCGGAAUCGGACAAGGAAUCAACUAUCCAGCAACGAGUUUAGCAUUAAACACAUAUUUUAGAAAAAAACGUAACAUAGCAAUGGGACUUUGCGUUACCUUGACCGGUCUUGGUCCUAUUCUAAUGCCACUUUUAAUAGUGAAGCUUUUAGAUGCAUACGCUACUACGGGAACUUUAUUAAUUUUCGCUGGAAUCGCUGCGAAUUCUUUCGUGGGUGUUUGCUUGUUAAGACCGUUCGUAAAUAAGGACAAAAUAACAACUGAGGACUAUGAUGUGAAAAAUACUACGGUGUCAAAUGAAAAUGAAAGUGAUGUCGAAAAAUAUGUUGUCGAGUGCCAGUUAUUGAACAACCAAGAACAGAUUAAAAAACAAGAAAAUUUGGAGAAGUUUUUUAAAGAAGCCAAGACAAAAAAGAAACGUAGCUUUUUUCAAAAGAUCUCGGCUAAUCUGGAUCUCAUGCUUUUACAAGAUCUACGUUAUAUUUUAGUGGUGAUAGGUAUGGGCAUAUCCUUGGUAGCUGAGACGAACUUCAAUGCGUUGAUGCCUUUCGUUCUCGAAAAAGUAUCAGGAUUAGAAAUAAAAGAGAUUGCGACUAUAAUGUCUAUCCAAGCUGCUUUUGAUAUCGCUGGACGCCUUUGUAUUCCUCUACUCGCACAAAAAGCCCAAUGGACUCCAAGAUAUCUUUACGUGAUAUCUUUGAUAGGAUCUACAUUCGGAAGGAUGAUUCUUUGUAUUUGGGGUGAUGAUUACCUUGUCGUAAUCCUAGUUGCUGUUAUCGUAGGAGUAGCAAAGGGUACAAAGGCUGUCUUUCAAGCUCUAAUCAUACCAGAUUACGUUCCAUUAGAAAGAUUACCAGCAGCAUCUGGUAUUCAAAUGGUUUGCAAUGGCAUUUUGUCUAUUAGUCUGGGACCGAUCAUAGGCAUGGUGCAUGAUUUAACUGGUAGUUAUAUUGGUUCUUUGCAUUUCACUUCCGCGAUGAGUAUGUUUUGCGUAUUUUUGUGGCUGCUUGGAGGUCUUUGGUCUCCUCUUGGUAACCGUGUGAAAGUAAAAAAGAAUGGGGACACGCCGAAUGAGAAAUGUUCGUCGGAAAAUCAGAAUGAAAGUCCGGAUAUUCGAAAAUUGCAAAAUGAUACAAAUAUCGGAUGGAUCAUUUUUUUAUUUCUAUCUGAUAACUUCAUUGAAAUAAGAUCGAAUAGUGAAAAUUUAGUAAAAAUGACUACGCUCGUACCACCGGACGGAGGCUAUGGUUGGGUAAUCGUCAUGGCCUACGCACUUAACAGCGUUGCCAUGAUACCUAUCAUACAAGGUUCGGGUCUAGUAUUUAAAGAUUUGUUUCCAUUGUUAAACAUCAAUGCUACACAAAGCAGCACUAUCAUUAGCACCAACAUGGCAUUUGGCAUGAUAUUAGGUUUAAUCAAUGGUCCACUUUUACGAAAUUUUGGAUAUAGAAAAGUGGCCAUAGUUGGUUCUCUGUUAUAUUCCAUCGGUAUAAUACUAACAACGUUCUCAACAACCUUUACUCUCAUCAUGAUCACCUACGGUUUAAUAGCAUCUGUCGGACUGACACUUUCAGGAUCGGCCUUUUCUCUCGCACUCAACACCUACUUUACAACGAAGAGAGGACGUGCAACCGGCUGGGCCAUCACUAUUAUGGGACUAGGUUCGAUCUUUAUGCCACCCGUGACAACUUUUUUGCUCAAUUAUUACGGGUCCCAGGGCACGCUAUUGAUAUUUGGUUCCUACUCUCUACAUGCGAUAAUAGGCGCCUUGAUGUUACACCCUAUAAAAUGGCACAUGAAAAAGCAAUCAGACGUUGAAGAUCAGGAUAAGCAGAUGAUUAUCGAGAACAUAGAAAAAGAACAGUCUAUUGUGAUGUUAGAUACGCCAAAGGAAGUUUCGGAAGACGAAGAUAUUUUUCAUGACGCGCCGCUAAUGGAAGAACAACAGAAGCAUAGAAGACUAACUGUAUCAAGUAUUAAUCAUGAUGUCGAAGGUGUUAGCAUCUAUGGUUUCGAAACUCCAUUAUCACUGCAACUUUCAGAGACGGCGAGAACCAUUUCGCAAGAGAUGAGUCUGGAUGGUUGGGCAUGGAUUAAUAAUUACGAAUCAAGUAAUCAAACACGUUCCAAGCAAGAUUAUCGCUGGUGGAAUUCAGCUAAAAGCAUAAACACUAUCAAUCUCGACAGUAGUCUAAAAAUUUUUGAUGAGGAGCCAGCUUACCAACCUCUACGAAAGAAUUUUAGUUUCAGUAGCACAAAUAAAAUAUCGAAAGCAAAAAGUUGCCAAAGUAUGCCGGGAGAUAAUCACAUUCUACCAAACAAUAACGAGAUAAUGAUAAAUGAUUCAAAUGUGGAGAAUCAAAACGAUGAUAUCUGUGAAAAACAAAAAAAGAAAUCGAGAUUCGUGCGAAUUCUACGAUGGGUGGUGGCCUUUUACGAUCUCGAUCUUCUACGAGAUCCUAUAUAUGUCAAUAUAAUGUUGGGCAUGUCAAUUGCCAUUUUCGCGGAAAUUAAUUUUUCUUUAUUGACUCCCUUCAUUCUGGGUGACCGAGGUUUAUUGACAGAUGAAAUUGCAAUUACAAUGAGCGUCAUUGCUUCGGUUGAUCUAAUUUUCCGAAGUGUUGCUCCAUAUCUUGGAGAAUGGCUUCAUCUAACACCGAGACCAAUGUAUACUAUCAGUUUGAUCUUUCUUAUUAUUAGCAGAACAGGUUUAAUAUUUACCCAUUCAUUUAAACAAGUGAUAGUUGUUGCUGUAGGUUUAGGAAUUGCCAAAGGAAUUAGAUCAGUUUAUAUGUCAUUGAUCAUACCAAGCUAUGUACCGAUUAGCCGACUACCAUAUGCUUCUGCGAUACAGAUGAUGGUAAAUGGAUUCAUCAUGAUAAGUGCUGGACCAUGUUUAGGUGUAAUUAGAGACGCAAUAGGAAGUUACACGCCCUGCAUCGUCAUAAUUAAUAGUAUGACGGCCUUGACCGUCACUCUAUGGCUGACGGAGCUGAUCGUCUUGCGAAGAACAAAACUGCGAUUGAAACAGAAGCAACAGGGUCUCAUUGAGCAAAAUACUUAGAAAUUUAAUACAAUCGUUUCUAAUGUACAUUCGGUCAUAUUCGUUGUAAAUAAAUUAAUGUAAAUUUUAAUUUAACAUCGGGAUAUUGUUUUGGCGAUUUUCUCAAGCUCUUUUACGUUUUUCAACGAGGAAAUAAAAGACGAUCUUGGAAUGACCUUAA